AUGAGUGUACUACUUAUAUUUUUAUUUAUUAUCGUGGCAAUUUACAUUUGUGUUUCAUGGUUGUUACCAACUUUACUUGCAUGGUUGUUCAAGAGAAAAUAUCAUAUCAAAUUGAAAAUUGGCAGAAUAGCAGUACCAAAGCUUAUAUUACGUGAUGUUAGUUUAUCAAAAGAUGGAUACUCUAUUCAUAUUGGUGAAGUAUCCUUCCGCAGCAGUUUUUUCAAUUCAGAUAUCAAUAAACUGGUCUCUGUUGUUAUUAAUAAGAUUCAAAUCACAAACAAUGCAGAAGAGAAGAGAAGUGUGGUUGUGGAGACCAUUCUCAAACCUUUGUUAUCAAAGCAGAAUUCGACUUCUAGAGGAUUGGAAGAAAAUGCUGCUGAAAUGCAGGCAUUCAAUAGAGAGUUGGCAAGAAUGAAACAAAACUUAUUAGACUUCCGGAACAAAAAGUUACCGCCCAGUCUGAUUAUGUUUGCUCAGUUCAUGGGCGUGCACAUCGUGGAUCUGUCGCUGACGAUCGUGAACGGGUGUCCGCGGAACCCGUGGGUGGUGGAAGCGGGCGCGGGUGAAGUGCGCGCAGACGGUGCGGCGGGCGGGCCGGCGCGCGCGCUCGCCUUCUGCGCGAGCGUGCUCCGCGCGCGUCUCGCCUACCGCGCACACGCGCGCCUCGAGGCCGCCGCCAGCCUGCACCUCGAGGGCACCGUCAAGGCUGACGGACCGCUCAACGUCGAGAAAAUCCACAUGGCUAUAAGCAAUCCAUCCAUAUCGUUAGAAGAUGAUGUAUUCCAAUUUAUACAUAAACAAAGGAGACGAAAGACUCCGCAAUCGAAACAUUUUGUUGAAAAUGACGAUCACCUUAGCACUCUAAUUCCGAGAUUAUCUCCGAUUAUACCAAAGAUUUUUAGUUUAAAAAUCGAUAAAACAACAAUAAUCACUGGGGGUAAAACCACUACAACUCUACAAAGUUUACAAGUGAACUCACGUUUCAGCGCGGUGCAGGUGGAGGGUGAGGGCGAUUCCGGCGUGCCGCAGGUGUACGUGGCCGUCCAGGCAGAUCAGUUCCAGCUGGCCACGGACCAGGACACGCUGCUAUUCCUCAACAAACUCAAGCUCGACGCUAAGUUGGAGAAGGGAGUGCUGAAUUUAUAUCUAAUAAUUAGUACACUAAAUGUGUCGUACAAUCAUGAAGAUAUUUUCCAGUGGUAUUGUUCAUCUCGGGAUUUAAUGCAGACAAAGCCAUUGCAGUUAGCGGAAGACACUUCACACUCCGUGGUGACGCCGGCGUGGGUGCGUGCGGUGCUGCAGCGCUGCGUGGUGCAGGGCUGCGCGGAGCUGCGUGGCGUGCUGGUGGCGGCCCGGCGCCACCGUGCCGCGCUACCUCUUAGCCUCGGCUGCGGCGGCCUCAAGGUCAAGCUCGACCAGCUGCUCGACACCAGGGAGGAGGCGCCGCGGAGGGGGGGCGGGUGUCGAGGUAGCGCGGCACUGGAGUGCCGAGCUGCUGGUGGACGCGGGCUGGGCGGGCGCAGGCCGCGAGCCGCCGCCGCGCCGCCACCACGCCUGGCGCUCCGCGCUGCUCGCCGUCGCGCUCGUCAAGUGCGCCACACACGCGCCGCGUCACUGCAAGUAGUUGACUGUCUGAACGAUUACAAGGCUCCAAGCAAAGUGAAGCAACCUCAAGAACCGACAGCCGACUCUCCGGCCAAUAUAUCGGUUAAUGUGGCAUUGUCACACAUAAAUCUGUUCCUAGUCGUGACUGAUGAGAUAUGCUUGAUGACGAGAAUUGACGCGGUGACGUUGGAGAAAACUGUAAACAAAUCCGGAGCACUCGUGUCUGGUCUGAAAGUCGUCGAAAUGGUUCCUUACAAAGGUAAUGUGCAGUGCCAAAGGUCAGACGAAAUAACCUCCAAUUUCUUCCAUGUGCGUUUAGCUAGAAUUGAACACGUGCCUUCGAAGGGGAGAAAUUCAGCCCUCCUAGAUUUUCAGUUCCUAGAAACAAUAGACUUUGAAUGGAGUGCCAACAUGCAUUUAAAAAUAUUAACAUUUGUCAGAGCCGUGAAAAGCUUCCAAAAAGAAUUGAAAAUGAUAAAAAUGGGUAAAAUAAAUGUGGAAGAUACAAGUGCAAAGAAAGGAAAGGGUCUAGACUGGAGAGUGUCUUUUAAAGGCGAUACGAACCUUGUUCUUCUGCUGUCUGAAGAUAAUCAUAUGCUUUUUGCAACGGAUGAUAUGACAAUAGGCUACGAGCACGAAGCGGGCUUGUCGAUCGUGUGGAGCCAGCUGAAGAUGAUACUGAACGGUGACGAACUGGUGACGGUGCACGGCUACUGCAUGGAGCGCGCCACCGACGACCCUGACGUGCGCGUCGAGAGGAAGGCCAACGAGAGCUUCUUGCUGCCGUGGAAUAAGGUUUGGGCUGUGAACAUAGACUCUGUACGAGUUAUUUUCCCUUAUAAGCACCGCUUUGCAGAGGCGGUACAAGGCGAUUUCGUAUCAUUGUUUAAAUGGCUGAAAAUCGUGCACGAUAUUAAGAAGAAACCCUUUACAGCCGACAGUCCAUUACCAAGUGAUUUGCAUAUUAAGAUUGAAGAGCUAUUAAUAGAAAUGAGUGAUGACCCGUUUGAAGUAAAACUCAGAGAUAAUUAUGAAUUGUUGGAGGACGAGUACAAGGAGAGCGAGAAACGACGAACCAUGCUUGAUGCUAAGGUGCAAGAGCUUUGCAAGCCACACCUGUUCUUGCCAGCGGGUAAGGUGGAGGAGUUGUACGCGGCGCUGCGGCAGAAGGACGCGCAGAUCUACGUGCAGCGGUGUCGUGCCGCGCCGCCGCCGCGCACUCGCCUCGUGGCCUGCUGCGUGUCCGCGCUGCGCCUGCUGGCGCUCGCCGACCCCUCCGUGCACGGCGCGGCGCGAGCGCAGGCGCGCCUCCGUGACCUCGACUGUGACAGGUACGUGCGCCGCGCGUGCUGCGUGUGCUGCGUGCCGCGCUGCGCCUGCUGGCGCUCGCCGACCCCUCCGUGCACGGCGCGGCGCGAGCGCAGGCGCGCCUCCGCGCGCUCGACCGCGACAGGUACGUGCGCCGCGCGUGCUCCGUGUGCUGCGUGCCGCGCUGCGCCUGCUGGAGCUCGCCGACCCCUCCGUGCACGGCGCGGCGCGAGCGCGGGCGCGCCUCCGCGACCUCGACUGCGACAGGUACGUGCGCCGCGCGUGCUGCGUGUGCUGCGUGCCGCGCUGCGCCUGCUGGCGCUCGCCGACCCCUCCGUGCACGGCGCGGAGCGAGCGCAGGCGCGCCUCCGCGACCUCACUGUGACAGGUACGUGCGCCGCGCGUGCUGCGUGUGCUGCUUGCCGCGCUGCGCCUGCUGGAGCUCGCCGACCCCUCCGUGCACGGCGCGGCGCGAGCGCAGGCGCGCUUCCGCGACCUCGACUGCGACAGGUACGUGCGCCGCGCGUGCUGCGUGUGCUGCGUGCCGCGCUGCGCCUGCUGGCGCUCGCCGACCCCUCCGUGCACGGCGCGGCGCGAGCGCAGAUUCGCCUCCGCGACUGUCCCUGGCCAGAAGACGGCAUAGAGUUUACAACACUGUGGUGCCGCAGCAUAAGCGUACAGUGCUCGCUGUGGCAAAUACGCCUCCGUGACUUUCCACAACCUCUGCUCAGUAUGUCUGAACUUCGAUUGUGGGGCACGCUUUUGGCAGCUGAAGAACAGCCGCCUCCACGAGCGGUUAGAACUGUAAUAAUAGACCAAGGUGCACCGUGGGGCAAAUUCGAACUGGAGCGCAGUAUGAUGCCACUGAAAUGGUACUAUGACCUAUGCUGUGAAAUGUCCGAGUACAGUUACGCUUUUGGACCUUGUUGGGAACCUGUUAUUGCACACUGUAACCUCGCCUUCGAUCAAGUAUCUCGACCAUCCUUGGAUCCGUCGGCCCCACUAGCUUGGUGGGACAAAGUACGACUACUAAUGCACGGUCGUCUAACGGUCAACUGCAAUAAGUUCACUUGUCUGCUGCACGUGUCUCUCGAUCCUUAUAACACCACUGAGGAGAUGGAAGUCACCUGGAAUGAUCUUGUCUUGGAUUGGACUAACGGAAAGCUGUUGUUCCUGGGCGAGCUAAACGUGUUUGUGCGCACGGCGAGCAAGUACGACGACUGCCGCGUGCUGCGCGUGCCGGCGCUGCGGCUGUGCGUGAAGAUGGGCUGGCAGUGCGUGGGCGAGCCUCGCGACCACCACGCCGUGGCGCCCUGCGCGCCCACGCGCCUGCCCGAGUACUCCAGCAACCAGGAGCACGACUCGUACCGAGCUUUUCGUUCCCAAGGCCUCGACUUACAUUUAAGCUACGACACCAAACCUGUGGAAGGAGAUGGGCCUGUACUUCUGUUAUAUGGCAGUACUCUUAGGUGGUUCGAGAGCCUGAAGCUGAUCCUGUCAGGCAUCACGCGGCCGACGCGGCGCGGGCGCGUGUUCCGCAACGUGCGGCCGCGCAAGCCGCAGCUGUCGCGCCACUACCGCAACGUCAGCGUCUCGCUCACGCUGCACAACUUGCAGGUGUUCUACUGGUCUUCAUCGUCGAUGCAGCGUGGCAUCGAGAUGCUGGGCGUGCGCGUGACGUGCGGCUCGCGGCACCGGCUGUCGCUGGUGCCGACGGACGACGGGCUGGUGCGGCGCCCGCGCGCCAUCUGGACCACCGUCUACAUGAACUGCGACCUCAACGACGCAGAGAUCUGGCUCAAGACGCCGGCCUCCACAACGGACGACAAGGAUAAUGAGAAGUGCGUGGUGAGCCCGCCGGCGAUGGAAAAGUGCUACUGCCUGUCGGUGCGGCGCGUGUCGUAUGGGCGCGAGGCGGGGGAGGCCGAGGCGGGAGGCGCGGGCGGCGCGCCGGCGCACCGCCUGGCCGUGCACGACCUGCGCGGCGCCUGGACCAAGCUCAACCGCGACCUCGCCUUCGCGCUAAUCGACACAUACAUCAAGACACAGCAACUGAAAAAGAACCUCUCCACCAAAGCUCUAAAAGAAGAAGAAAAACCAGCAACAUCACCAAAGCAGCAGCGAGAAAACGAUGUUGUGUCACCACCUCCAGUCUCAGCUCAGGGCGGGGGCGGCGGCGGGUGCGCGGCCGGCAUGCUGGCGGCGCUGGUGGCGGAGGCGGGCGAGGCGGGCGGCGAGGCGCCCGUGGUGUUCAGCGACGAGCUGGCCGGCGCCGAGGCCGACGCGCCGCCCGCGCACGCGCCGCUGCGCCACGCACUCGACGACGACAACGCGCACACCGCCUGCCUCAUCGAGCUGGUGAACUCGCAGGUGGUGCUGAAGGGGUGCGAGACGCGCGGCUACGUGAUCCUGUGCGCGGCGCGCGCCGAGGUGCGACAGCGCGUGCGGCGGGCGCCCGCCGCCGUGGCCUGGAGCGGUGCGCUCUCCGCCAUGCAGUACUACGCCACCGUCAGCGCCGCGGACCGCGACCAGCUCGAUGAGAACAUCCAGUGGGUGUCGGUGGAGGAGAUCGAGGAGCGGUGGGCGGGCGCGGAGAUCAGCGCGCUACCCGACGUGCCGCGCCUCGUGGGCAGCGGCCACUCCGCGGGUGGCGUCAUCGGGCGCACCGUCGGGCCCAGCGCCGACGCGGGUCUCGCACAGUUGCAACGCAUCGUGUCGCGCUGCGCGUGCGAGUUCUACUACGUGACGCACGAGGACACGGACACGGGGGCGGGCGGCGCGGCGGGCGCGGGCUGGGCGCACGCGCCGCAGCCCUACGACUCCUUCACGCUCAUGCACCACGACCUCGACGUGUGCACCAACUCUCUGCAGUACGCGAUGCUGCUGGACGUGGUGAACAACGUGGUGCUUCGCGUGGAGCCGGAGCGGCGGCGGGCGCUGGAGCGUCGCGCGCGCAUGCGCUUCCAGCUGCAGCUGCACCAGGACCGCGACCACCGCCACCUCAUACACCGGCUGCAGACGCAGGUGCGGGAAUCCCUUGCGAGAUUACGUCGGCUCGAGAAGGAAUAUUACCUGAAAAACAGAUCUAUUACGGGCAACGAUCCAGUAGCUAUAGCAGAGCUCAAAAGUCUCGAUGAUCAGGUGAACGAAUGCAAAGAGGCGGCGUGGUCGCUGGGUGAGGAGCUGGACGCGAUGGUGCGCGCGUGGCGCGAGGCGCGCUCGGCUGCACCCGCCGUGCGCACGCCGCACGCGCCGCCGCACCGCUACAACGAGAUCUGCUUCAAGUCCGCGCGCUGGCGCCUCACCGACGCGGACGGCCAGCUGGGCAUCGCCGACCUGCUGCUCACCAACUUCCUGUAUACAAAGACCUCAAGAUCUGAUGACUCUGUUGAGCACCAGUUGGAAGUUGGAUACGUACGAGUCACAAAUUUAUUGCCGAAUGAGCCUUUCCCCGAGGUACUGGUUCCCGCGGCGGCGUCGGGGCGCGCUCCACUGGCUCGCCGUGCGGCGCUGCGCGUGUUUUGCCGCGACCGCCCGCCCGUCGGCGGUAUCUCCGUCAAGGAGCACUUCGAAGUCAACAUCGUGCCCAUACGCAUCGGGUUAACAAAGAAGUUCUUCAACACGAUGCUGAAGUUCUGCUUCCCCGAGCGCGACCCUGAGGCAAUGGAGGAGGGUGAGGAGGAGGGCGAGCGUGGCACGCUGCCCGCCGCCACCAAGAAGAGAAGCAAGAAGCGCGACUCCAACUCUAACUUCUAUGUCAAGCGCGACAACAAGGACAAGGAUGACGUCGAGAAGAUGAAGGAGCGUGCGGAGAAGAACAAGCUGUUCAUCUACAUCAAGAUCCCGGAGGUGCCGGUGCGCGUGUCGUACAAGGGCAGCAAGGAGAAGAAUCUGGAGGACGUGCGCGACCUGCCGCUGGUGCUGCCCACGCUGGAGUACCACAACGUCACCUGGACCUGGCUCGACCUGCUGCUCGCCACCAAGAACGACACCAGGCGGGUGAUCCUGUCGCAGGCCAUCCGGCAGAAACUGCAGCUGGGGCGUCGCGCGGCCGCGGCGCCCGAGCCGCACGAGGAGGACAAGGUGCGCCUGCUGCUGGGCGAGCGUACGGUGGCUGAAAACAAACCACAGAAGAAGAGCACGCCGAGUGUAUUCAAAUUCUCCAAAUCCUAG